CAAAAAUUGAAAAUUAUUUAAUUACCAAACAAAACAAAAAGAAAAGACAUCUUCACCGAUACGUUCGGUGUUCAGACUUGAGUCUCUCUCGGACACACGGCUCCCGUCAAUCCCGGUCACAAACCAAACCUUCGCAUCUCUAUCUGUCUCUUCAGAUCGACGGCUCUAAUCACUCCACGUCAGCUUGGACUCAUAACUCUCUUAUUAAAUUGGUGUCUCUCUGUCUUUAGACACUUCAUUUUGACUGGUUCGGCGAAUCUGCUCCUUUAGUCAUCUUCUCUUUUGAGAAAAGAUAGAUCUUCUUCACCUUCUUCAUUGAUCUCAGAUCCCGAUCCCGUCUCCUUAUCUUCCGCCGGCGACUUCUUCAUUUUUCUCUUCUACCUACCACCUCUUAAUCAUUCUCUCUCCCCCCGCAGAUCUAGCGAAUCGGUAUUUAUCUCCAAAGAAAAAUUCAAUCACAAUUUCUCGUUGGAUUCUCCAUUAAUUUCUCAACCAAAUUGCUACUUUUUCUUUUGUUUGUGGUUUUUGAAGAAUUCGAAUCCUUAAGUAGUAGUGGAAUCAUGGCGCUAAGCAUGCGAAAAGCGAUCGGAGUUGUUAAGGAUCAGACUAGUAUCGGCAUAGCGAAGGUAGCUAGCAACAUGGCUCCAGAUCUGGAAGUUGCGAUCGUGAAAGCUACAAGCCACGACGAUGAUCAAUCUAGUGACAAGUAUAUCCGCGAGAUCCUUAGCUUAACUUCACUCUCCCGUGGCUACGUUCACGCCUGUGUCACCUCUGUUUCACGCCGUCUUAAGAAGACGCGUGACUGGAUCGUUGCUCUCAAGGCUCUUAUGCUUGUCCAUCGUCUUCUUAACGAAGGAGAUCCACUGUUUCAGGAAGAGAUCCUCUACGCUACACGACGAGGUACGAGGAUUCUUAAUAUGUCUGAUUUUCGUGAUGAGGCUCAUUCUAGCUCUUGGGAUCACUCUGCUUUCGUUAGGACAUAUGCUAGUUACUUGGAUCAGAGGCUUGAAUUGGCUCUUUUUGAGAGAAGAGGGAGAAAUGGUGGUGGUAGUAGUAGUAGUCACCAAAGUAAUGGUGAUGAUGGAUAUAAUCGAUCUAGGGAUGAUUUUAGGUCUCCUCCUCCAAGAACUUAUGAUUAUGAGACUGGUAAUGGUUUUGGUAUGCCUAAGAGGUCGAGGUCUUUUGGAGAUGUGAAUGAGAUUGGAGCAAGAGAGGAGAAGAAAUCUGUUACUCCUUUAAGAGAGAUGACACCUGAGAGGAUUUUUGGAAAGAUGGGUCAUUUGCAGAGGCUGCUUGAUCGGUUUUUAUCUUGUCGACCCACUGGUUUAGCCAAAAACAGUCGGAUGAUCUUGAUUGCCAUGUACCCGGUUGUGAAAGAGAGUUUUAGGCUUUACGCUGACAUCUGUGAGGUCUUGGCUGUUCUGCUUGACAAGUUUUUUGAUAUGGAGUAUACUGAUUGUGUUAAGGCCUUUGAUGCUUAUGCUAGUGCGGCUAAACAGAUUGAUGAGCUCAUUGCGUUUUACCAUUGGUGUAAGGAUACUGGAGUGGCGAGAUCUUCUGAGUACCCUGAGGUUCAGAGGAUUACGAGCAAGCUGUUGGAGACACUAGAAGAGUUUGUGAGAGACAGAGCCAAGAGGGCCAAAAGUCCUGAGAGGAAAGAGAUUGAAGCUCCUCCUGCUCCUGCUCCUCCUGUGGAAGAGCCAGUGGAUAUGAAUGAGAUCAAAGCGCUUCCUCCUCCUGAGAAUCACACUCCUCCACCUCCACCUGCACCAGAGCCUAAACCGCAGCAACCACAAGUAACAGAUGAUCUAGUUAACUUGAGAGAAGAUGAUGUCUCUGGCGAUGACCAAGGAAACAAGUUUGCUCUUGCGCUUUUUGCUGGCCCUCCCGCUAAUAACGGAAAAUGGGAAGCUUUCUCUUCUGAUAACAACGUGACAUCGGCUUGGCAGAAUCCAGCAGCAGAGCUUGGGAAGGCGGAUUGGGAACUAGCAUUGGUCGAGACAGCUAGUAAUCUAGAACAUCAGAAAGCCGCAAUGGGUGGUGGUUUAGACCCAUUGUUACUCAACGGAAUGUACGAUCAAGGAGCAGUUAGACAACACGUGAGCACCUCAGAGUUAACUGGUGGAAGUUCAAGCAGCGUUGCACUCCCUUUACCGGGUAAAGUCAACAGCCAUAUACUAGCACUCCCUGCACCAGAUGGAACCGUUCAGAAAGUGAACCAAGACCCGUUCGCUGCUUCCCUGACCAUUCCGCCUCCUUCCUAUGUGCAAAUGGCUGAGAUGGACAAAAAGCAAUAUCUAUUGACUCAAGAGCAGCAAUUAUGGCAGCAAUAUCAGCAAGAAGGAAUGAGAGGUCAAGCUAGUUUGGCUAAGAUGAAUACAGCCCAAACCGCAAUGCCUUAUGGUAUGCCGCCGGUUAACGGGAUGGGACCGUCGCCGAUGGGUUAUUACUACAACAACCCUUACUGAUUUUAUUCAUUUUGUUUGCUUUUUUCUUACAUAUAUUUUCCGACCAAUGUAGAUGUGUUAUAAUGCGGUUUUUCUUGUAUUUGUUCCUGAUCUUGCGUCCUAUUAUUGAACCUGUGAGACUUUUGCCUCUUUUGAGUAUUGAUGAAUAAUGAAGUUAUACAUCUGUUGUUUUCUUGUUA